CAGCGGCGAUGGUUUGUUUUAUACGAUGAUGGCGAGCUGACAUAUUCGGUGGAUGAGCACCCCGAAACUGUGCCACAAGCCUGCAUCGACAUGACCAAAGUACUCGAGGUCGCCAUGGCAGAAGAUGUGACGGGCCAUACCAAUUCGAUUGCCAUCACCGCCCCGGAUCGGGUCACAUUCGUGAAGGGCACAUGCCCUGAGGAGUCCAAGUGGUGGCUAAAUAUACUGGCCGCAUUUCCAAAAUCUAAAGGGCGCCAUAAACGCAAUGCCACAUUUCCAGGCGGUCAGGCGACUACAACAAUGUUGCAGCAAAUGAAUACAGACGCGUAUAGUGCGGUGGCCGCUGCUGCUGCAGGCGUACCGACACGCAAUCGCCAUAAUUCAUACCACAAGGAUGCAUUGACGUCCAUGCAAUCGACCAGCGUGCUAAUUGGCAGUGGCGGCAACAACGUUACGCAGCGCAAAGCCAACACCGUGACGACAACGGCGUCAUCAUCGUCGACGACGCCUCGCACCAUUGACUAUCGCAAUGUUGCAGAUGAGGAGGAUGACAAUGAUGAGGAAGACGAUGACGACGACGAUGAGGAAGAAGAGGAUGAUGGCGUUGAAACAGGCGAAGACGAGGAGGAAGAGGAGGACGACGCUAUUCAUGUUGGUGUGCGUGUAGCUGAUGAAGUGGACAGUGGCAAAAAGGAGACGCAGCAGGAUGACAAAGGUCGCGGUGAUAGCAAAGAGGCCAACAGCAAAGUCUCAUCAUCAUGUCUACUCAUCGAGGAUAUCCGACGCGACGAGAAGACAUUCAAAGACAUCGCCAACACUAUAACAAAUCUAAGUCAACAGAAAAAUCGCUGGUCCAACACAACUGUCAAUAAUGUACUCAAUAGUCAUCUGCAUCAUACGGCGGCGACGGCACAAGAGAAAAAUUCGCGUGAUGAAACCGAUUACCAUCGACCAACGAACAAACAACAAUUACAGCAUCAUCAUCAGCAGCAACAGCAACAACAGAAACAGAACAGUAUUGCUAGUUUGAGACCAAAGUCAUUACCAUUGGCAGCGAAUUCGACGCCUGCCAUUGUUUCGGCCAUAGUGAAGAAGAUACCGCCAGUGUUAUCGACAUCCAGCAGCAGCAAUAUUAACAACACCAAUAAUAACAACAUUAUAACUUCGACAAAUGAUAGCAACAAUAAGAACAACAAUAGUACAAAUGAAAUUGGAAAGGGGGUUGGUGGUAUUGGUCUGAGCAGUAAUAAGUGCAAAUCUAGUCCACGAUUGCAAUUACAAUUGAAAAAUCUACAGCAGAAACACGAAAGCAAUCAACAUCGCCAACAACAUUUGCAGCAACCUAAGCACCACAAUCAGCAACAACAGCAGACGCACGAAAGAGGCGAUCCGGAUGGCGGCUGUAAUCUUGACGAUCUCUCCACCAACUACCUGGCUAAGACGGCGGAGUUACGUGUCAAUCCGCCUGUCGAAGAGUCACUCAACGCCAAAAAGGGUUGGUUAAUGAAGCAAGAUAACCGCACCGGUGACUGGACGAAGCAUUGGUUCUCGUUGAGUGGUGCGGCACUUUUCUACUAUCGUGAUCCGGUGUCGGAGGAGCGUGGCGUGCUGGACGGCGUGUUGGAUGUGAAUAGUCUGACUAAUGUGGCGGAAGUGAGUGCCAGCAAAAGCUAUGCUUUUCAGCUGACAUCUUGGGAUCAGCGGCGCCUCAUUUUAGCGAGUCUUUCGCCCAGCUCACGCAACAGUUGGAUCGCCAUAUUACGAAAUAUUGCCGGUUUGCCGGCCUUGUUGCCAGCAAGUAGUUCGGGCAACGGCAACGCGCCACUUACAGAUGGUGAUGUGCCGCCUACAGUAGAGUUAGUUAUUAAAGACGGUGCUGGCAAUACAAAAAUGAAGAGUGAAAUUGAGAAGGACUUCAUUAAGGCGCAACGCAAUCAUGAAAUGCAGAAAAAGCCACCAACAACAUCCAAGCACACUUCCGUUCAUCAUCAGCACCUGAAUGAAACUAGUCCACCCGCCACACCGCAAGUUCUGCUACAACCUGUUAGUAAUACCCCGGUCAAAGUUGUUAGCGCCUCUACAACGCCAUCUACACCAAAGACAGCGCAUUUUUCCUCGGACGAGGAGUAUCGCACGGCUUCUGAGGGUGGCCGCCGCGACAGCGUUGACUGGGGCUCACCGCUUUCUCCUUCCCCGCCUAUUACAACUUCGUUGCUUCGAAAUCGCGAACGUUUGUAUUCGCGCUCGGUAGCCUCAACGACCGCAAGAUCACACAAGCGCAGUCACUCAUCACCGCCAACAUCUCGUCGCAGCACCGUGGACAGUGUUGGUUCGGAUGAGCUUUCACCACCACCUGCGAUGCAUCCCGUACAGGAGGAACUCAACAUUGACAAGGAAUUACAAUUCCGCCUUAGCGUGGCGGAAAAGGAGCGUAAUAUGCUGCGCGACGAAGCCAAAGAGCGCGAAACGCGCAUGUCUGAAUUGCUUACAACGUUGGAGCGCACCGAGCAACAGCUAAAUGCGCGGUUACAAGAGAUGGAGGCUGUCCGCGAUAAUCUAACUUCGCAGCUUGAGGAGACCAAACGCAACGCGGAAGAUAUUGUAGGCCGUUUGACGGAAGAGUUGGAAGAGAGCCAAAAAAAGAUAAAGGAUCUUGAAGAUCGGCUGGCACGGGGUAUCGAUGAGAAUGAAGCGCUUUAUAAGCGCGUUCACGAAUUGGAAGGCAGCAGUUUGAAUAGUUUCAGUCAAUUGAAUCGAGGUAAGCUAAAACGCAUGGACUCGUUGAGCGACCUUACGCAAAUUGGCGAUAUUGAUCCUUUUGCGUUGGAGCGUGAUAUGCUCGCAGAUGAGUACAACGAGUUGCGUACACGAUUUGAGAAAGCCGUAAAUGAGAUUAGAGCAAUGAAGCGUGAGUUGAAAGAGUCACAAAAUCAAUUUGAUUCGCUAGAAAUUUCAUAUGCGUCACUGAAGCAAGACCUCGAGCGCAAAGAACUGGAGGAUCGUGCGCAAGUUCAAAUGAUGGCUGCGCGCAUUCAAGAUUUAACUUUAAAAUACAGUAGUUCGGAGCGACAGGUACGCACACUGAAGCAGAAAAUGGCCAAAUCGGAGCGUAGAAGAUCACUUUCGCUUAAGGGCAAGGAGCAGUUGAGCAUACCCAAAGAGCUAGAACUGAAGGUAUGUGAGCUAGAGUCGAAAAUCGAUGAGAUAGAGAAACUCACCAAUGCAAGCUCGGAGACAUCUCGUUCAAUUUCGAAGAAAUCUUCUAGAAGGCGUUCACUCGAAAGCAAUGCCAGCAAUAGCGACCCACUGCAGUUCAUGUUACGUCUAAAUGAUUUAGAAAAACGUUUAGAGGACACUUCAGUUGCUGGUUCUAUUAGCUCGUCAUCCACGCCUACACCCUCUUGCAGUACGCCAACUAUCGAUAGUGUAACGCGCAACUCCUCUAAAGUUUCUGAGCAUUUAAUGGACCGUUUGCGUUGCCUCGAAAGUGUUUUGGUCACAAGUCGAGAUCGCCUAGAGCAAAGCCUCCAUCAGCUGCAAAAUCUACGUUCAUCCCAUAGUCGUCGGUCUGUCUCACCCAUUACUGACCGCAAGGACUCUUACCGAUUUGUGGAACGUUGCCUUAGCGAAGUCGUUAAACUGAUACGUGAGUCUUGCGAGACCUGCGUGAUCAGCGGAAGUGGCGAUAAAUCCACAGUGCCUAAUGUAAUGCUGCUACCUGAUUCAAAUCCGGUUAAGAUAGCGCUAACACAGCUGGAAUCACAGCUACGCACUAAACUCGCUGAACUACUCAAACAGCGUCGUGUUUUGCGUGAGCGAAACGAGCUUACCGAACGAAAGAACAUGGAACUAUUGGCUGAGCGUGUGGCAUUUGAAAGUGUGUGCUUCGGCAAAUUACGCGACUCGGUCAUGCGCGCAGAAAAUCCAGAGCUCUUUGGUGAGAAACAGACACGCACUGAAGUAGCGGAGACAUCUCAUCUCAUAACUAUGCUCAAGGCAAAGCUAAGUGGGAAAUGUGCGCUCAAGUCCACUGGCACAAUCGAUAUAUUGGCGGGGGUGUUAGCACGGAGACUGAUGUUAUCAAACUGUCGCAAAGUUACAGCAAGUAGUAAGGAAUCAUUCGAUCCCAUUGAUCAGAACAUCAUGGAUGAUCUGCUCAGACAACAGAAUGAAAUAAACUUGAUUGCCAAGCGUUAUAAAAACAAUGCAAUGGAAAAUUUAGCCAGCGGCUUAGCGGCAGAGACAUUAAGCUACAUUUCUUCUAACGACUUAGUGCAAGGCGCAGUACAAGAAGCCUGGCGCCAGGCUCAAGAGACUGUCAAUGCCGAACUAGUGCAAUCUGAGAUUGCGCAUAUAAUGCUACGUAAUGCGGAGCGCUUUGAGCAAUCCCUCACCCCUUCAUUCGGUUAUACGCUGACAGCUGAAGAGCGACUUUCAUUCGAGAAAUUCGCUGAUGCGGUGCACGAUGCGCUGCGUAAAGAGAUGGAAUUGGCAGUUGCGCAGCUAGCACAGUGCUACAAAGAGGCCAUACAGAAGAUGAAACGCGGUCAGUGGCGGCUUCAAUUAGAGCAAGAGCGCAAAAUUUCGGAAGGCCGGCAGUUGCUUUCCGAUUUCGCCGACAUAAUAGCUCACAAAGCACUCGUAGAUGCACGCAUUAUUGUACUGCGCGGUGAAUACGUCGAACAGCAGUUGGCUAAGGAGAAUACUGAACUUGCUCAGAGAGAGUGUACAAAUCAGCCAAAUAAAAUUGGCAUUACUGCGCUCCAACGGUAUGAGAGUCUCUUCGAAGAACUUUCAAAUGACUUACAAAUCAAUAAUGCCGCCGAUAUACUGGCCGAUGCCGACUUCGAAUUCAUCUAUAAACAACACACUAUCGAUUUCUUUAACGAUCGCCAAGUUUUGUCAGAAAUCUCAACAUUUCUCAGUCAGCUGGAGGACUCGCUAAUUGCUUUGCAAUGCGAGGCUUCCGCCUCCACAACAUCCAUGCCACGUUCGACCGUCACCAUUGAAAGUUUACAAGAUGUUUGCCACAAAUGCGGAGAUCUGAGGCAACGCGCCGAUCAACUCUGCCAAGAAAUACAUCGCGCGCUUAACACACCCUGUCAGCAUUGCCGACAGGUGCACGAGAAAUUAUUGCGACUUCAGCAACAGCAUGAGAGCGAGCUAACGCAAUUGCAACAGGCGCAUGCCCAAGACAAGAGCGCUUACGUGCAACAGCUUGAGAAUCAGUGUAACGCAUUCAAGAAACUCGAGGGUGAGAAGAGCACUAUCUGCGCCGAGCUGCAGCGCAUCAACGAAUUGCUUGAGAUGCGCGCAAGUGAGCUGGCGACAGUAAAUGGCAAAUUGCAGACCAAAGAGCAGGAGCUGCUUGGCAAGCAGGGGGAUCAACUGUCAUUGUUACGUCGGCUCGAAGAACAAGCGGAGGAAGUGCGUGUGCAUGAAGAGGAAAGCAAUUCAUUGGUGGAGAAGUGUGCGCGUCAGGAUGAAGAAUAUGCAGUGUUGCUGCAGGAACGUGACUAUUUACAAUCGGAGUUGAACAAAGAGAAAGAGCGUAGCAGGCGUUUCGAGCGAAGGCUGGAAAUGUUGGAACUGGAGCACAGUAAACAACUGGAGUGUCUACAGGAUACAUACCGAGAUCAGUUGAUGGCACACUCGCCGGACUUUAGCAACGUAACUACCGAUGAUGAAAGCUUCCGGCAGCGCUAUCAAGCUGAAAUCGAACAGCUUAGGACUCUGUGCGAAAAAGGUCUCUCAGCUAUGGAAUCCUCACAUCGGCGCAUUGUUGCCGACUUGGAGGAGAAACAUCGUCAGGAAAUUGAGGGCUUACUGUUGGAAAAGGAGACCGCCUUAGCCGAGGAGACACAGGCUACCUUGGCUGCCUUGGAUGCUAUGCGUAAGGCUCAUCAAAGCGAAGUGCAACGGGAGGUAGCGCGUUUCAAGCAGGAAUUCCUUAAACAAUUCCAAAAGGGCGAACACUCCGCCUAUACUGCCAAAGCCAAUGAAGAGGAACUUGAAGAGCUGCGUCGAGAAAUUUUAUCAUUCUCCGAGAAAUUUUCGAUAAAGUGCGUGGAAAAUGCUUCGUUGGAAGAAAAGUUGCGCAGCACAACGCAAAAAUUGAAGCAUUUGCAGCAAAUGCAGCAGCUGGAGUUGAGAAACAAGCAAUUUCGCGCACAUUUGGCCUCCGAAGACGCCAUAACAGACGCAAAAUUUGUGCAAGGCUUAUGCUCAGCCAAGGACGAUGGUGUCGCAUGCGAAGAUAGUGAGGUUUAAAAUCUUCCACAUUCGGCAAGAAAUUGAAAACAACCUCACGCAAAUGUGCUAUGAACGCUGCCAGAACGCAAACUGCAACAACUG